AUGGGCAAGAGAUAUACAAAGAAAGGGCGUUCUGCGCGCAAGGGUCCUCCUAAGCCUGCAACCAUGCCUUUGCAUGAGGAUGUUGUCAUAGACAACAGUCCCUCUGCGAACGGAGCGGCGCCUGUGGGCAAUGCCAAGUCUACCGACGACGAUGUCAUGCCUGUGGAAGAAUCUGCGACCAUUGAGCAGAGCACGAAUGCCUCGCCAGGACCAAGCCAACAGGACUCGGAAAAGGGAAGCAACAGCCAUAUGCUAACAGACCUGGACCAUAUAGAUCAGCAACCUCGACCUACAAGAUCAUCGAGUCGUGAAGUCGAUAUCCGAGGGCGUGAUGCGACCGCCCGCCAGCAGAGUCCAAGCCAGAACAGGCAGCGAGAAAACGGACAAGAGGGAAGCAGCCGACACGAGGCAAACUCCGAGCGAAGCAACUCAUCCGAGUUCCACGACCCUGCCAUUAUCAAAAAAGGCAAGCAAGCUGUUGACAAGCAAGCUGUUGACAAGCAAGCUGUUGACAAGCAAGCUGUUGACAAGCAAGCUGUUGACAAGCAAGUGGCCGAAUUGCAACGAAAAUUGGCCGACAUGGAACGAAAAUUGAAAUACGCGGAAAGUGAAUCGAAUAACUUGCGACAACGGCUCGGUUGGUGGCAAGAUUGCGCCAAGGCACGGGGAAAACAGCUCCUCGAGAAGAAUAGAGUCAUCACAGAUCAGAUCAGCGAAAUCGACAGCUUGAAACUCGACCGGGCUGUUUGGCGCGGUGUCCGAGCUCCGGAACAUCACCAUCAUUAUUUCCCCGAUGGGCAGUGUCGUCGUUUGGUUUUUUUCCCCUGUGGGAAAUCCUACGAGUGGGUUUAUUUCCCCAAUGGCGAAUGCCACCAUGCGAUGGCGUUCCCCGAUGGGCGACUCUACCGAUGGAAAUAUCUUCACUAUAGCAAAUGGCCCCAUUGGAGUUCUUCCCAUCCCGCUACCAAGUCGAAAGAUCGACGCGCUACCGAGUCGAAAGAUCGUCCGGCUACCGAUGCUAAAGAUCAUCCCGCUACCGACUCGAGAGCUCAUCCCGCUACCGACUCGAGAGCUCAUCCCGCUACCGACUCGAAAGACGUCCUCGCUGAAGAUCAUGAUAACCCCCCGGCCGGGGACAUGCACACGGAUGCCAGUCUCCCACCGGCGGAGCAGAACUACCCGUGGCCUCUAAAAGAGCGUGGCCGCAGCACGUCCAUGUAG